AUGGCAAAAACAACAACACAGAAACGCCUGGCUGCAUCUGUUCUCAAGUGUGGCCAGAGAAAGGUCUGGAUUGACCCCAUUGAAUCUGUGUACAUCUCUUCUGCCAACUCACGCAGGACUAUCCGCACCCUUGUCAAGGGUGGCUUGAUCACAAAGAAGCCACUCAAGGCCAGCUCAAGCUCCCGUAUUCACAAGCAUAAAGCGGCAAAGCGCCUAGGCCGGCACUCUGGUAUCGGCAACCGUCAAGGAACCGCUGAAGCUCGCAUGCCUACGGCCAUUCUGUGGAUGCGUCGCAUGCGUGUUCUGCGUAACACGCUGCGCAAGUUCCGCGACAUGGGCAAGAUUGACCGCCAUUUGUACCAUGAGCUGUACCUCAAGUCCAAGGGAAAUGUGUUCAAGAACAAGCGUGUUCUGGCCGAGCAUAUUCACAAAGCCAAGGCAGAGAAGGCCCGCGCUCAGCUGCUUGCAGAGCAGGCCGCAGCACGUCGCCUCCGCAGCAAGGCUAUGCGGGAGCGCCGUGUCCAGCGCACGAUGGAAAAGCGUGCAGCUCUGCUUGGGCUGUGA